CUAAACUCGUGGUCCGUACGGUCCGCGUCGUCCCAGCAGCUCUCCAACGUCCAACCCCGUCCUGCCCGCCCGCUCCACCCGCGCUUCUUUCCUCCUCUUCAACCUCAUUUCAUCACGUCGCCUGCCCUUGUGAUUUGCCAACCCUCUAAAAACCUUCUUUCGUCCUCCUGCUGCUGACCUCGACGACGUGUCCUGAGGCCACCGUGAAACCGAAAGCCCUGAUUACCCAUUAUCCAACCUGCCCGAGGAGAGAGGAGAGCGGGAGAGAGACCACAUAGACCCCCCUUACGGCCGAACCCCAGACAACUCCCGCCAACUCCCGCCGUCUCACACUAGAGCCUCGUUGGCCACCCGCCGCGUCGUCCUUCUGGCUGUCCAUCUCUGCGCCCUUCUCCUCGUUUCCGGACGGCCUCAGUCUGUCCUUUAUCUGGCCUCUUUCCCCGCCACCUUGCCCUUCCUUGCCCUUCCGAAGUGGCCUGGGUUAGCUCGCGGCAUCUCACCUCGAGAGAGACGUCCGGACUCCAGACCUCGAUUCACAUCUGACACAAGAGGCCGUCAGCUUGGCCUCACCAGCCGCAGCCGUGUCCACACCAGCUCGACACAGUGUUCCGUCCAUUGCCAGACGCCAGAACCAUUAAGUCCUUAGCCAACCCCACACCCAGCCGGCUCAACAUGUCCAACCCUCGUAGGACUCCGGCGACUCACCCGGACGGGGCCCUGUCCCUUAAGACCAACAUGCCCCUCCGGAAAGGCCUCACCUUCCACUCUCCUACAUCUCCUGGCUCAGACGUUUCCGCCUUCAGACCCCCGUCUCUGCCCCGUCGAUCACAGACCAGCCUGGACGACGUGAUCGAUGCUCACAAGCGACGCAUGCGUAUCACCCUCGACUCCAUCGACCAGACCUUGUCGGCCUCCAAGGACGAGUCCAAGACCCUUGUCGACAAGUCCUUCCCCUUCCCAGACGGCCUCCGCAAGCACUCGGUCGCCAUGUUGGACGAGCCUGAUAAGGAGCGUCGUGUGCUGCGCCCGCGGUCGACCCUUCGCCGCCCCGCGAGACAUCACGAUUCAGACAGCGGUCUCGGCACCUCUGUCGCGACAUCCAAAGACAAAGCUACCGCCGACUCUGGCAAGAAGGGCAAGGCCUCAUCCGUCAAGCCAUCCACCAUCACCCGGUCCGCGGCUGCGACCACCACCCUUCCUGGCCUGAGCAACCGGGCCACAAACAAAAUCUGCGAGCAUGUUCUGAAACCGCUACUUGCAAAGCCCGAACUCAAGACCUUCCACCCACUUGUCAUUGAUUGUCCCAGGAGGAUCAAGGAGAAGGAAAUUCUUUGUCUUCGAGACCUCGAGAAGACACUUCUUCUCAUAGCACCUGAGAGCAACAAAUCCGCCGAUCUGUGGCUUGACUUCUGCCUUACCACGGUCCACUGCAUCCAAGCGACCGUCGAGUACCUCACCGACAGAGAACAAACUCGGCCUCGUGACCCUCCUUACGGAAGCGGAUACUUCAUCGACCUUGUGGAACAACUUCAAAUCUACGCCAAACAAAUCGCUGACGCCAAGGAUAAGAAACCCUCCGGAGACAGCAUGGACGUCAAUGCCUCCGAUGAGAUCAAACUGCAUGGUGGCAUCCACGUCAACGGCCGACCAGUACAGCUUGUACGUGUAAACAAGGACGGCAAGGCCAUCUCACUGGCCACUGGUGAGCCUGUCGAGAUGGACGACGACAACGAUGGGCCUGUCAAGGUCAAGCGGUCUGCUUCUGAGGAGGCCGCCGAUGAGGAUGAGAUCAUGCGCUCCAUGGCCAGGCGGAAGAAGAAUGCCAGCCCAGAGGAGCUCGCGCCCAAGAAGUGUCGCGAGCCGGGCUGCACCAGGGAAUUCAAGCGACCUUGUGACUUGACCAAGCACGAGAAGACUCACUCUCGCCCUUGGAAGUGCCCAAUUGAGACCUGCAAGUACCACGACUAUGGCUGGCCCACAGAGAAGGAGAUGGAUCGUCACUGUAACGACAAACACUCGAUUGACCCACCGAUGUACAAGUGCUUGUUCCCUCCUUGUCCCUACAAGUCCAAGCGGGAGUCCAACUGCAAGCAGCACAUGGAGAAAGCCCAUGGCUGGCAGUACGUGAGGACCAAGACAAACGGCGGCGGCAAGAAGACAGCAAGCAAGGCUGGCAGCGUCACCCACAGGACGCCCCAGAUCCAGGGGCUGCCCACGCCCAUCAGCAACCCCAGUGUUGGAAUGGCAACGCCUCCCGAGGAGAGACUGCAAUACCACCAGCCCAACAGCAUUGACUUCCCUUCUUACGUCCCAGACGCGGAACCCUUUAACUUCAACACGUUGCCGCAGGAGAUCCAUUUGGACAUGGACACGAUGGACACGAUGGACUACUCUGACUAUUCGCCGGUCGACAACCCAACUCCCAUCACAGACCCUGGCUUGGAUAGCUCAUCCAUCACCUUCCAGGACCCGGCCACGACGGACUACCAGUGGGAUGAUAUCUAUAGCGCCAAUCAGGCCCAAGUGCCGGCUCCGACAUUUAACAAGGAGCUUGCCAUGCAGUUCGCCGCUUUCUCAGAGGCGGAGCUCUGCAAGACGCAACUUGCGCCUCACAUUUCCCCCAUCGGGCAGGGCAACGCGAUGCUGUACACUCCUCACUCUCUGGCAGAUGUUGACGAGAGCUUCGAUGACAUGCCCGUGGGCAUGAACGGCGGGGCAGACUUCCUCCUGUUCCCACCCACCACUGAGGCUAAGCCCAUGACCUACAAUGAACCCCCACUGUUCAACAACGAGAUGCCUUCUGUGGCGGCCGGCUACUCGCAGCCAAACUCGCAGGAAUUCUGGGACGUCGAUUGGUCGGCCAACCAAUAUGGCGGAUACUCUCAACACUAAAAUUGUACCGGAACAUCACAGCUCAUACUGGCAGCCAUUGGGCAAGCGGCAACCGUGUUUUACGAUUUUAACGACAACGAGCGUUCAGAAGCUAUGACAGCGACUGAUGGCGACACCAGAUUGGCAGCUGCGCCUUCACGAAUGGGUUGGCUUGUGCAAUUCUUGUAAACAUACACUUCAUCUGGGGAACGGGUUUUGUGGUUCUAUUUGCUCUAGCGUCUCCUGCCUUAUUUAGUCUUCAUCUGUCGACGUCGGAAGCUUCGAAACAAUUUUUGGGAUGGGAUCGGAGGGAAAACAAACCAACAACAAACAAAACAAAAAGACAAAAAAAAAAAAAGAAUGCCGCAGAUCCACAUCUUACGAGGCCGGAUUUGCUAUACAUACCAGGUUCUUGGGUAAUUGAUGGGAGCGGGUUGAGAACCAAGCGCGUGGUCGCAUUCGAUAGAACCUCGUCACAAACCAGACAAGACUAUUCCACGUCACACAUCAUGAUGAUCAUGUAUUUCCCCUUUUCUGUGAUGCAGAUGCAGUGCUGCGCCUGUUCAUUCUUGCAAUGGGCCUUGGUUCUGUAGAGACAGACGUACAUGACGCCAACGCCAACGAAUGCAGCGUGACGGAGUUGAGAGAGGCAGUGCUUUGCUCACUGUCUGGGGUGGGUGGGACUUGCAGAAGGGCGGACGGGCAGUGCUGCCGCAAGCUGAGCAAGCCAGGGCAGGGGGUGCCUAGGGACCUAGCUGGCUGGCUGGCUGCGCAUCGCGCUGUUUCUAGACCCGCUUUUUGAGGCUCAAAACCGACCAAUUGCCCAAUGGCUGCCACACCGAGCCCACACGUGAUCACCCGCCGUCCUUUUGAAAGCUUUUCUCCAAUGUUUUCCCUCCCACUCCCAACCAGUCCAAACCUCCUCCACCCCAAGCAACCAUGCUGCGCAGCAUCCUCGUGUCUGGUCUGAUGCAGGCACAGCCAUGUUUCAAUCUGCCACCUAGUUGAUGCGCGAUCCAACGUCGCGCAUCGCGCGCGCUGUCGUGCGAUCGAUGGGUACACGCCCCUCCUUUGCCUUUGCCCGCCUAGACUUGAGGCUCUGCUAGAUUUUGACGCUGGAACGCGGUGUGAUGUGUUGAGAUCAUGGACCGUCGCCAACCGACCGUCUGUCUCUCCCUCUCCCCCUGCCCCUCCUCCAUCGGCGCCCUCUUGUCCAGGCGGGAGCAGCCAGCCCAGGUAAGCUGUGACACCAGUGGUCGAAGCUGCGCUUGUUCGAUGGUCCAAGCCGUCUCUACCCCAUGGGGUCAGAUGUGGCUUUUCGCACGUCUGGCCUCAUCUAUGGUCUGGCUGGACUUCAUCUGUCCAGUCAGUGCCUUACUUGAGGCGGGCGUUCCUUUAACUAGGCACCUAGAUAGAUAUAACCAAUCUCACAUAGUUCUCUAAA